AUGAUAGGCUUGCGAUCCCGCCUGUCCACGCGGGACGUCAUGUUACAGCUAAAUAACCAGAUCCUUGACGACAAGAUAAGAAACACCAGAGCCAUCCUAGGACUAGACCUGGAGAAAGCAUUCCACAACGUCGCUCACGAAUCGAUCCUUAAACAACUGUCUAAUCUGAACCUGGGGGAAAGGGCCUACAACUACGCGAGGGACUUUCUGAACGAUCGCAAGGCCACCCUGACGGUUGGUGACCUCGAGUCCGAAGAACCAACCCAGGGAAGUGCAGGUACCCCCCAGGGCUCAGUUAUAUCUCUGCUCCUUUUCAACUUAGUCAUGCUGGGUCUCCCGAGCAAACUACGGGAAAUUGAAGGAAUCCACCACGCAAUAUAG